AUGGUCGCAGGUUGGUUCAGCCCGUCUGAACGCCAACUGCGCUCUCUGCAGUUCGAUGAAAGAAUUCAGGCCCAUUUCGACGCUAUCCAACAGCUUCACACCGAACGCAACGCACUGUUGCCGAUCUGCUGUCUCCCGCCGGAGGUCCUGGCCGAGAUUUAUACCUAUGUCAUUCCUACGAUCCGCCACGUGCCUCGAGAUCUGCUCACCAUCACGCACGUCUGUCACCACUGGCGCGAGGUAGCACUCGCACACCCUCACCUCUGGUCAAACAUCAACAUGGAUAGAAGGAAUCCAAAUCGUAUCCGCGCUUUGAUGUUGGAGAGGGCGAAAAAUGCACCACUGGCCCUUGAGCUGUCAAAUAACAUGUACGACGAACUUCAGCCGGCCAUUUUCGAGGAGCUCUCCCAGCAUAUUCAUCGCACGUGUGCUCUGUCUUUAGACAUCCGUGGUGUACAAACCCUCGACAUUCCUACAAACGUUUACCAUCUCGUUCUUGAUGCUCCCAUCCUUGAGCACUUCCGAUUCUGGCUUCAUGGAUCACCAGAAACUCACACUUCGGUCCUUCUUCCGGAGGACUCCCUAGUAAAUGCAACUAGAAUGCGCGGUCUAAGUCUUUGGGGGUGUGCUAUACCUUGGGGCUCGACGGUUUACAAAGGCCUUACUCGUCUGGAGCUUUUUUACUUGUACGAAUUUUCCCCAACAGCAGGGGAGCUCUGGGCUGUCCUGAGAGGAUCGCCUGCCCUUGAAGAUAUCAAAUUCUGCAGCAUUUUCGAAAAGUUCAAUUUCGUGCCGGAGUCAUGGAACCUUGGCCUUAACGUCAAGAAUGUUAUCGAACUCCCGAAGAUUCAUCACAUCUCGGUUGGAGAUACCAGCUUCGCCUCAUAUGUGCACUUUUUCACGAACGUCCGCAUCCCUUCCCACGCACACUUUGACUUAGACGUCAACAUUGGCGAAGAAGGUUUGCCCAACGGCCUCACCAUGUUCCCCCCCACAGUCCUCGCCUCUAUUCGUGCGGAUGCAGAACAUGAUUAUACCAUCUCUCUCAACAUCAUAGACCAAAGAGGAGAGUUCUGUGUCUAUCGGGGCCGUAGUAGAUUUCGUCAAAUUUGCGAUCACCGUUUGGGCGCCACCUGUACUAGUGGGAGACGGAUCACUGCUAUUAUUGAAGGUUCCGCCAACCACUUCCAUUCGCUCUGCUAUGAUCCACCUCUCCCGCCUAUUCAUACACUCAUCAUACACAUGUUAUUCUCCUCAUAUGAAGUACCAUCAAACACAUGGAGCACCAUCCUUUCGUCCCUCCCGCGCCUUCAGUCCCUCUAUGUUGAAGUCAAUCGGUCAUCGUAUCUGUCCUUGGUGGAUGCCCUUAUGCCUCGCGCCGAGCAGGUCCCUGCAUCCACAUUGAUCAACAUGGAUCUAGCGUCGCCGAUGGUUUCGAAAGACUUCUCCUCUGGCGACAUUCAGUGGUUGAUCGAUGCUUUGGAUAGACGGUCAGAAGCUGGAUAUCGCAUGGAGAGUCUCACCUGUACAGAUAUUCCGGUAGCUCCUGCAGAGUUGGAGCGGCUGAAGCAGCUGGUUCAGGAUGUGACUGUCCAAGAGCGUCCCGAUAGCAGAGAGCAGUCAUUGAAGAGCCGUGCUAGCUUUGAAGAGGAUAACGAGGGCAACGAAGAGGGUGACGAAAGUAGCGAAGAGGACAACGAGGAAAGCGAAUGGGAUGAAGAAAGUAACGAGGACGAAGACGAAGACGAGAGCAGUGAAGAGGACGAAGAGUAG